GCAUCAUGGUCACCCUCCUGCUCACUCUGAUGGACAUGAUCAUCUACGGAGCCUUAGUGGUGAGCGGCUGCUCCGCCGUGCGCUGGUCCAGGGUCCUGCGUCCGCUGCUGCUGGUCAACGUCACCGAGGGCCGACAGGUGCCUCCAGUUUUUGGCCGCAGGUCGACCGAUUGGACGGCGAUGGGCUUUAAAAGCAGGCGUGUGUGUGUGCUCGUGCUGUGUGUGUGUGUGCGUGUGUAUGCGUGCUGUGUGUGUGUGUGUGCUCGUGCUGUGUGUGUGUGUGCGUGUGUAUGCGUGCUGUGUGUGUGUGUGUGCGUGCUGUGUGUGUGUGCGUGUGUGUGUGCGUGCUGUGUGUGUGUGCGUGCUGUGUGUGUGUGCGUGCUGUGUGUGUGUGCGUGCGUGCCUGUGCCUGUGUGUGUGUGUGCCUGUGUGUGCUGUGUGUGUGUGUGCGUGCGUGCGUGCUGUGCGUGCGUGCGUGCUGUGCCUGUGUGUGUGUGUGCGUGCUGUGCGUGCGUGCCUGUGUGUGUGUGUGUGCCUGUGUGUGCUGUGUGCGUGCGUGCUGUGUGUGUGUGCGUGCGUGCGUGCUGUGCGUGCGUGCGUGCUGUGCCUGUGUGUGUGUGUGCGUGCUGUGCGUGCGUGCCUGUGUGUGUGUGUGUGCCUGUGCUGUGUGUGCGUGCCUGUGUGUGCCUGUGUGUGCUGUGUGCGUGCUGUGCGUGCUGUGCGUGUGUGUGCUGUGUGUGUGUGCGUGCUGUGCGUGUGUGCGUGCGUGCUGUGUGUGUGUGUGUGUGUGUGUGUGCGUGCUGUGUGUGUGUGUGUGUGUGUGUGCUGUGUGUGUGUGUGUGUGUGCGUGCUGUGUGUGUGUGUGUGUGCGUGCGUGCGUGCGUGUGCCUGUGCCUGUGUGUGCGUGUGCCUGUACGUGUGUGUGUGUUCAGCUCCGCAGAGCCUUCAGGAGCAUCAGGAACGCGCUGCCAGAGAUCUGCUACGUCUUCCUGCUCUUCAUGUUCAGCGUCCUCAUGUUCGCGCUCAUGGCUCUGAAGCUGCUGGGGAAGCGCGGGCUGAAGACGGUGGACGGGGCUCCGUACUUCACCAACUACCUGGAGAUCGUGCUGGAUCUCUACGUUCUGGUCACCACAGCCAACAGCCCCGACAUCAUGAUGCCGGCCUACAACUCUGAGGUCGUCUUCACCCUCUUCUUCAUUCUCUACAUCUUCAUCAACACCUACAUCUUCAUGUCUGCCUUCCUGGCCGUCGUCUUCAACAACUACAAAAAGUACCUGAAGGAGGAGGUCCGGCAGCUGGUGAGGGCCAAACGGCACAAGAUGGUGCGAGCGUUCGCCAUCCUGCAGGAGCGGCGGGAGGCGGAGGCGGAGCCGGUGGUGAGCCGGGCCCACUGGAGGCAGCUGGUCCGACUGGUGCAGCCCGGCAUCAGCACCGCCCACAGGGAGCUGCUGUGGAGCGUGUGCGACCUCCAGAACCGGGGCUGCAUCGGGAAGCUGGCGUUCGUGCAGCUGGCCGACCUUCUCAACAUCGAGGUCAUCACGCUCAAGUCCAGGCCGCAUCCUCUUCAGAACUGGUUUCCAACCCUGUACCUGUCGGCUCCCAGUCGACUGCUCUGCCGCAUGGUCCAGCACCGGGCCUUCGUCAUAGUUUACGACCUGAUCAUCCUGGUCAACGCCGUGAUCAUCGGUCUGGACGAAGAGAACCCGAUCAUCUCUAACUGUGAAUGGUUGUUCCUGACCCUCUACCUGCUGGAGAUCGUGUUGAAGCUCUACGUCUUUGAACCCAGGAGCUUCUUCUCCAAGCACAGCUUCUGGAACUGCUUAUCAACAUCCCACAUUAUAAGUACCAGGUUUGAUACCAUCAUCGUUGUCUCUGCACUGAUUGCAACAAUCAUCAACUCGGCUCUGAAGUCAUCGGGCGGAUACAACAGCCGGGAAAUCCUGGACAUCGUCUUCAUCCUGCGAGUCCUCAGGCUGAUCCGGGUGGUGGACAGCAUCCAGAGGUUCCGCACCAUCAUUAACACCCUGAUCAGGAUUGGACCGGCCAUCCUCACGUUUGGGCAGCUCAUCCUCGUGGUGUACUACAUCUUUGCCAUGGUGGGGAUGGAGCUGUUCAAAGGGAAGGUGAGGUUUUACGGCGAGGACUCCAGCGACCCAGCGAAGGCCUAUUGUGGAAACCCUCUGCUGCAGGGAACUGCCUUCGCACAGUCCAACUACUGCAGGAACAACUUCAACAACGUGGUGUCAUCUUUCAUCCUGCUGGUGGAACUCACUGUGGUCAACCAGUGGCACGUGCUCAGCAGCGGCUUUGCCACCGUCACUCACGCCUCAGCGAGGAUCUUCUUUGUUGUUUUCCACAUUGCAGUCGUCAUCGUCAUCAUCAACAUCUUCGUGUCGUUUGUUCUCGAGGCCUUCUACGUGGAGUACUCUGUGGAGAAGGGAGACCUGCAGACAUCUCUGGAGCGCAAAAUUGAGGAACUGGAGCUGGCUGUGGCUCAGGAGAAGCUGGAGGAGAAUCUGGUGAACAACAUGGAAACCACAGACAAUGACCUGGGAAGUGGUCAAUCAGCAACAAGAAACAAAUCCACCCUCAUGUUCAAAAUCGCUUCCAAAAGGUAUCGCACAGUGGACGCUUUUCUGCAGCGCAUGUUUGAAGCCGAUCUCGACCCUGAAGACUUUGCAGAAAACGAUGAACCUGAAGCUCAGACAAGCGGAAACUUUGCAAACCCGACUUUCAGCUCUGCUUAAACUUUUCUACAAAUAUGUCGUUUAUGAAGGGAACAGGAUCUGUCUUUUGGGUAGGGUUUGUACCCUGUAUCCUGGUCUAGAGCCUCGUGGUCAUAGCUGACAUUCAUACAGUGGAACGUGGGCUUAGUGUUCAGCUCGUAUUCAGUGCUAUAUUUUUAUAUUUCUAUGUAGAAACAAAAGAAAUCAGUAUUUUCACAUAAAGAAUAUUCAUACCGUG